ACUACUCUAUCUGAAGGAAUGUGACAGGAACGUCUAUGAUAAUACCAGGAUAUUACGGAGAAUGAAGGGUCUUCUUUUUUUAUUUGACGUAAUCGUAGUGUCGACUGCUACUAGUGUUCGUCUCCGAGGUGUCAACAGUUCUCCGUAUAGAGGAAGAGUCGAGGUAUAUCACAAUGGUUCAUGGGGCACAAUAUGUGAUGAUUCAUGGACGGACGAUGACGCAGCAGUCAUAUGCCGGAUGCUGAAUUUUAGAAAAGGCGGCAAAGCGUAUAGGAAUGCAUAUUUCGGGGCAGGAAGCGGUCAUAUAUGGCUAGAUGAUGUCAACUGCACACAAGGACACACCGUAAAUGAUAUUUCGGACUGUCAGCAUCCCAGUUGGGGAACUAAUAAUUGUGGACAUUACGAGGAUGCAGGAGUAACGUGCACAUUCAUAAAUAUACGUCUUGUAAACGGGUCAAAUGAUGAUAAUGGGCGAGUCGAGGUAUACCACAAUGAUUCUUGGGGUACUAUAUGUGAUGACGGGUGGACAAGUGCUGAUUCGAAAGUGGUGUGUCGCCAGCUUGGAUAUAGGGACCAGUUGUUCUACAAUGUAACUGCAGCUUAUGGACAGGGAACUGGGCCUAUUUUAAUGGAUGAUGUAAACUGCUCCCUCGGAUAUAUACCGGAUAGGAUAUGGAAUUGCAGCUUUAACGGCUGGGGUGUGAAUAACUGUAGACACGGCGAAGAUAUUGGAGUAGCAUGUGCAAAAAAUUCUGUUCGCUUGGUAAAUGGUCACUCAACUUACACAGGACGUGUAGAAAUACUACAAAAUGGCCGAUGGGGAACGAUUUGUGAUGAUGCUUUCGGGGAUGAGGAGGCACAAGCUGUUUGUCGUAUUUUUGGUAAAAAGUAUGGAACAGCAAAUGCAUAUUUCGGUGCUGGCACUGGGGCCAUUUACGUUGAUGAGUUGGAUUGUUCUCCUAGUUAUUCAAGUGAUAUAGACGCACUGCUACUAGGAAGUACUCUAUGUUCCUUUAAUGGAUGGGGUAUUAAUGAUUGUAGUCAUUCAGAGGACGUCGGUGUGUGGUGUUUAUCGCAAGAAAUACGCCUGGUGACUGAACAUUUAAGCAGACAAGGUCGGGUAGAGAUUAAUUAUGCCGAGACCUGGGGAACCAUUUGUGCUGACGACUGGGAUAUCGUGGCGUCCACUCUUGUUUGUAGAAUACUCGGUUAUAGAGGUGGAAUUCCGUUCCGUCCUGUACCAGGAAGUGGGCGUAUUUGGCUCGAUAACGUUCGGUGUUUAACCUCAAACACUGAUAUUGCGGAAUGCAGACGUAAUAACUGGGGGAACCAUAACUGUGACCAUUACAAGGACGCUGGAGUUUGGUGUGCAAGAAAAUCAUACGAUGUUGUACUAGCUGAUGGAUCAGACCAUUCCGGGCGGGUAAACAUAUAUUACGGUGAUUCAUUUAGAACUCUUUGUUAUGGAUAUUUGGACACACGAAACGCUGACGUGUUAUGCAGAUUAGUUGGGUACAGGUAUGGUGGUAAGAUAUUCAAGAAUCCUAACUACGUCGAAACGACCAGAUCCUCUCUGAGGAACUUAAGAUGUGAAGGAACAGAAGCCAGUCUCAGUUUGUGUAACGGUACAUGGGGAUCCUAUAACUGCCCGGAGGGAAAUGACAUAUGGAUAGACUGCAUCACAUCUUGUGAUGAAAGACAAUUUGGACAUUUAUGCAACGAGCAAUGCCAUUGUAAGGUACCCGGAUGUGACAUUGAUUCCGGAAGAUGCAGAAGAGGGGGUUGCUUGCUAGGGUGGCAUGGGCUAUCUUGCUCUCAAGAAUGCGAGAACGGAACAUUUGGCCAAGCUUGUAUACAAAGCUGUCACUGUAAAACUCCUGGCUGUGAUCAUGUGACCGGAAACUGUAAUGACCAGGAUGAAGGAUGUGAAGAUGGCUGGACAGGGUCGUCAUGUGAUAAAGAAUGUGGUUUGGGAUCGUUCGGUACUAACUGCAUAGAAAAUUGUCACUGCCUGGUACCCGGAUGUGAUCAUUCAACUGGUGUCUGUAACACAUGUGACUGUCAAUCAGGAUGGACAGGACACUCUUGUAACAUAAGUACCCUAGUUGAACAACAAGGAAAUAUUUCAGACGAGUCAAGUAUUGGUACCAUUAGCAUCGCCGUAGUUUUCAGCGCGUUACUGGUUGCUUCUGUCACAUUCAAUAUUUGGCUUUACGUCACAAAUAAAAGAAUAAAGGCGAGCAACAUGGACAAAGACCAGUGUUAUCAAAAUGUGCCACGUCAGCAAUUAGAAUCAACAGUGAUGUCACAACCAGAAUAUGAAGACUUGCAAGUAAUGGGUGCGACAAUUACGGCAUAUGAAAACGUUAGUUUCGAAAGUGGAUAUGACACCAUGGAAAUACAAACGUCUAGAGGACGUGACAAGGCGGCACACAAGUGAACAUGGAUUUUGAAGAGAGGACACAUGUAGAAAAUGCCCAGAAACGGUGACACAAAUGAACAAAUCUUGUCGAGAUGUUACACAAACAAUGAACCUCUUAACAUGACAGGAAAAUCUUCAUAUUCAGUUCUUUUAUAAGCAGUCUUUUUAAGACACACUGCGUAUAUAAUUUUCCGAGAUGUGUGUGCUGUAUAUAGACAUUAUGUUAUCGAUACUAAUUCAUCAUAUCUUUGAAUAUCAGAACACUGCAUAUAUACUAUACAUAAGAUAUCCAGUGUGAAGGGUGAACUUUACAUAUUUUACCGACGAAGUGGAAAGUUUUCUAUACGUAAUGUAACCUGUUAUUCUUUUUGUUUUA